AUGCAGAGCACCCACAGAUCCUCCAAGGGCAAGGGAAGGGCCGGGGACGAGGACUAUGCGCAGUCUAUCGCAUCUCUCAGUUUGAGUGAUUACGGUGACCACCUGCCCCGUAGCGGCUCCUACGGAUCCUCGUACGCAGAGGUAUACGGCUCAUCUUAUGAGCAACCAUACACUGGCGACAAUUAUAGCUGGACGGCCCAGACUUCGCUUGCUCCCAUCCAGUCGUCAUCGGCGGCGUAUGGCGGUACCCCGGGCUAUAGCAGUACCCCGGGUUAUGGCAGUACCCCCGGUUAUGGCAACUCCUAUUCAACCACCCCUGCCACCAGUUCGACAGGAGGAUACGGGUAUCGAAACGAAUCCUCUGCCACUCCGACCUAUAGCGGCUAUACGGGACGCGACAACGCAUCCGUAACUGGCAGCUCCGUGCCUUCCUCGUACGGGGCAGCCUCAGAGAGUGGGUGGAGCGAGACGUAUUCCCGCGGGACUGCAGCAUCCUCUGUUCCCUCGGCGCAUAGUAACCGGACCGACGUGAAUAAUACCAUCAACCGUCAACGCCCGCCGAACGAGCGGUACCAGCUGCCCUGCGAGUUCCAUAACCUCACUGGUUGCACCAGAGUGUUCCCCGGCGACGACAUGCAAGACUGGAUGGACCAUGUUGAGGGGCACCUCCAGAGCAAAUUCCCGACAAGGCUGAGAUGCUGGUUCUGCAACGAACACAACUUCGACGCGAGGGAAACGUGCGAGGGAGACGUUCGCUCCAACUUCAACUUGCGGAUGCAGCACAUCCGGCACCACAUUGUGUAUGAAGGCUACCGGCCCGACCCGAUGCACAAGGACGGGCUCCUCGUCCAACACCUCCUCGACCGCAACCUCAUCGACAGACGCACAUACGACAGCAUCGUAAAUCCCACGACAGUGCCGCCUAUACCAGGCAACCAAGACCGCCGCAGCGGCCGCAGCAGCCAUCACAGCCAUCACAGCCAUCGUUGCCUCCCACAGGUUGAGGAGGAAGUCGUCGCCGGGCCCAGUAGUAGGCACCACCGCUCCUCAGAGCACCAGAGGGAGCAUGAGCACAGCCGCUCAUCACACAAGCAAAAGCGUCGAAGGUGA